AUGAAUAAAAAGAGCUGGGCUACAGGGUGGAACAUUGUGACCUUCUAGAUCCACCAUGCUGCUGUCCCUGUGCCUGUUCCUGCUGGGUGCCUCCACUGCCAAAGGGCACACAUGUACAGACGUUCCUGGCAAGCUGCAGCAGUUGGACGCUGGUGCUGGUGAGGUUUAUGGUAUCACAACGAGUGGAAGUAUUUACAAGUGGCAAAGGAACAUGUGGGCCCAGCUUCCCGGAGAAAUGACUCACGUGAGUGUGGGGCCAGCUGGAGUAUGGGCAACCAACAAAGGCAAUUUGGUUUUCAAACUUCAGGAUAACAACUGGAUGAGAGUAUCAGGACUCCUGAAGCAAGUAGAUGCUGGGGGUAAGAAAUAUGUGGCUGGAGUGAACCCAACAGGAGUUGUUUACUGCCUCAACCAAUAUGACACCAUUUCCAGAUCACCAUAUGUACAGUUCACCCCAAUACCAGGGAGACUUGUGUAUUACAGCUGUGGGGGCUUGGGAUGCUGGGGUGUAAACAAUGUUUCACAAGUCUACUUCCGCUAUGGCGUCAAACCCACGGCAUGCGAUGGCAGCCAAUGGUGGAGGGUGGAAGGCAGUCUUGUUAUGCUGGAGGUUGGAACAGACGGAUCCGUGUUUGGCUUGAGCUCAGAUGGAAAUGUGUACAAAAGAGAGGGAAUCACCUAUACUAACCCAACUGGGACUUCAUGGGUGAACCUUAAUUUCCGGCACCAAGUGAAGCACCUGAGUUACGAUGCCGGAGCCUUGUGGUUACUCAACCUGGAGGGGGACAUCAUAAGAUGUGAAAUACCAGGCACAGGGCUCUCACAUUUAAUAUAAACACAAGAACAACAAAAGAACAAUAAUGAAAUCCAACUGCAGUUGAUUUUAAUUAGCCUAUGUCUUAUUCAUUUUAAAAUGCCAAAUGACGGAAGGGUUAAAGAGAGCAACGCGCACAGCACACAUUGAAAAAUUUUAAAACUUAUGUGGUUAAUAUGACAAAAAAAUCACAUUAUUUUAAGGGUUUGGAUGCAGUUUGGCCUGGGAUAUGGAUUUGGCAAAAUCCGAAUCCUGCUGAAAAAGGCCAAAUCGUGGCAGGAUACCGAGCCAAGUCCUGGAUUCAAUACAUCCCUAUCCGCUAGGGAACCAAUCUGCAAAUUGGGACUGCGGAUGGUAAAUACAGGGCUGUCUUGCACCUUGCGUCCCCCAGUGAAUGUUUCCCAGAGAAUGUGACACCCCUGUGCAUGCAGUGCAGUUCAUAUUGUAAUGAAUAUUGUAUCUGUGCAACAGGUUCCAACAGAAUGGAAAUAAACCAGGGAUCGGGCAAAUCUAAACACUA